AUGGUCGAAUUACUAGAGGUCGUAUCGGAUUUCGGAGAACAAAUGAAUCUCCAAUUCAAUCCCAUCAAAAGCGCCAUAGUGGAGUUCGCGUCAUGUAGAGACUCAGAAAGAAAUUUCGAAAUCCAAAACCUCCCGCUACGAAUUCCAAACUCCUACAAGUACUUACGCAUCACCUUAUGUGAUGGGAGAAACUACUCGGAGGAACAGCAGAAGAUCUGGGAAUCGAAAGCAGAAAAGGUUCUGCGACGGAUGCACGCCAAAUCACUUUGGAAAUUCAACAGGUCCGAGGUGACUAAGAUCCAGUGGAAGAGCAGGGCGGUACCGGGGCUGACAUAUGUUAACUCGGUAACUACGGUGUCCGCAGAAUUGCAGCGGGGACUCGAAAUCUUACAAGGAGAAGCUGGAAGAUGGGCCCUGGGGGAACCCAACGCGAACACCGCUAUAGAAUUUAUGGACUGA